GGUAGCCUUCCAUGCUGGACGACGACGACGUGCCCCACCCUGUAGUGAAGUAGUAGGGGGAUUGUGCGUUCCUUUCAGUGUAGUUAUAUGUAUACGAGCCUCUACAUCCGUAUCUAUAGGUUUAACUAUACGUAUGUAUGAACGGGGAGAAGAGAGUAGGAAAGAGAAAAGGAAAAAGAAAAGAGAUUACCAGAAGGGAUAUCUUCUUUCGCGUUUUAGUGAUAGCACCGUUGAAGAGAUCACAUGUUUUUCUUGUACGGCUUAAAAAGAACUGCCUAUUUUUAAAGGUUAAAAUAGGAAGAAGUUAAUGGUGUUUGUUGGUAUUGUGCGGAGUGAAAAUAUAUAGAUGCUAGUUUGAAGAGAGAGAGAGAGUUAGGGUUUAUGUACGCAAGCGCAGGUGAAUUGUAAAGAAAGAGAAGGGAAGACUUUGGGCGAGGGUGUUUUAGGGGUGUACCAAGUGGAGGAGGAAUAUAGAACCGGCGGCACACCACCGUCGUGCGCCCCGCUGUGGUGGUCGGACCAAACGCGAUACCUCCCAGCAUCAUCAUCCCGUUCGCUUUCGCGUUAGAUUAUUCUUCUUAAAUUAUUCGAAUCCGUGACUCCUCUCCACGUGAUUUUUUUUUUUAUAAUAGACUUCCUUAUUAUUUCGUAUCAAUUGAUCGUGUAACAUUCUUCGACAUCAUAUUAAUUUUUAUAGAUAUAUGUAUAUAUAUAAUAUAUACAUAUACCGUCUUCAUCCUCGUCGUUCUUUAUUCUAAUCUUGUGAUUUACUUUCAUUGCGAUUUUCUCUUUUCUUUUCUCCCCCCAAAGGGGAAAAUUUUGGUGUGCGAAGUGAAGGAAAGAUAGAUAAGUUCGUUCCUUAAAAAAAAAAAUUUUUUUUGAUCGAUUUUCUCAACCUUUUUCUUUCCCUAUUUCUUUUCCUUUUUUUCGUUCGACUUCGACACGUGACCGAUAUCUCCAUUUUUUUUUUCUUCUUCUUUCUUGCGAUAGGCUUUAUCUCCUUUUGUCUUUUUAUCCAAACGGUGUGUCAUCCUAUUGCAUAAAGGAUUAUUCUGAUUGCUCGAGAACCGAAUUUUUGGAAUACUCUUCUUUUAUAAAUACUCUUCUGUCUUUUUCUCUCUCAACCUCUUCCUUCCUCGUCUUCCUCUUUCUUUCUCUUGGUGAUUUUAUUGGACAGUUAGACAGGGCUUUGUUUAUUUAAUUCGUUUGUUCAUCUAAAAAAAAAGAAUUAAAAAAAAAAUAAAAAAAAAGAUCGAGAAGAGAGUUUAGAUAGAUUUCUUCACUUCCUUAUUUCUCUCUCUCUCUCUCUCGGUCUCUUUAUCUCUCCCUCUCUCUUUCUCUUUGGACCAAUUCCAUUAUUCCAUCUCUCUUCUUAUUCUUCUUCGAAUAUACACGAGGGUGCGUCGCCGGUAGUCUAAUCUACACAACAUGGGCGGGUGCACGUCGAAGGAUACCACCUCGGCCGACGAUAAAAAAGAGAGCAAUAACAUGGUGGACCAAGCAGUAUUGGAUAAAUUGGAAGCUGGUUAUGCCAAGCUGGCCGCUUCCGACAGCAAAUCAUUAUUGAAGAAAUAUUUGACGAAGGAAGUCUUCGAUCAGCUGAAAACAAAGAAAACAUCCUUUGGUUCGACCCUAUUAGAUGUGAUCCAAUCUGGUUUAGAGAAUCAUGAUUCUGGCGUUGGUAUAUACGCUCCUGAUGCCGAGGCCUAUACCGUUUUUGCUGAUCUCUUUGAUCCGAUCAUCGAUGAUUAUCACGGUGGUUUCAAAAAGACCGAUAAGCAUCCUCCUAAGGACUUUGGGGAUGUCGAUUCUUUAGGAAACCUUGAUCCGACUGGUGAGUUCAUCGUUUCGACUCGUGUCAGAUGUGGACGUUCGUUGGAAGGCUACCCCUUUAAUCCUUGCUUAACCGAGGCUCAAUACAAAGAGAUGGAAGAAAAAGUAUCAAGCACUUUAUCCGGUUUGACCGACGAAUUGAAAGGAACUUUCUAUCCGUUGACCGGCAUGAGCAAAGAAGUUCAACAGAAACUUAUCGACGAUCAUUUCCUCUUUAAAGAGGGCGAUCGUUUCCUUCAGGCAGCCAAUGCUUGCCGUUUCUGGCCAACCGGUCGUGGAAUUUUCCAUAAUGACACCAAGACCUUCCUUGUUUGGUGCAACGAAGAGGAUCAUCUUCGUAUUAUCUCGAUGCAGAUGGGUGGUGAUCUUGGACAGGUAUAUCGACGUCUGGUUACUGGCGUUAACGAAAUCGAGAAACGACUUCCAUUCUCUCAUAACGAUCGUUUUGGGUUCUUAACAUUCUGCCCGACGAAUCUUGGUACGACGGUACGUGCAUCUGUACACAUCAAAGUACCCAAGUUGGCAGCUAAUAAGGAGAAACUUGAACAAGUUGCCGCUCAAUACAAUCUUCAAGUACGUGGUACCCGCGGUGAGCACACCGAGGCUGAGGGUGGUAUUUAUGAUAUUUCUAACAAGCGUCGUCUUGGAUUGACCGAAUAUCAAGCUGUCAAGGAAAUGCACGAUGGCAUUGCCGAAUUGAUCAAGAUUGAAAAGGAGCUUUAAAUAAAUUGAAGCGAAAGGAAAAAUAAAAGAAAGAAGGGAAAGAGAAAAAAAAGAAAAGAAAAAUAAAGAAACACAUCCACAAGAAGAAGAUAUACUCCUCUCUACGUGAUGAUGGAUAUCUAUAUAUAUAUUAUAUAUUUUCCAGUGUUUUGAAUUAUUAUUAUUAUUAUUAUUACUAUUACUAUUAUUAUUAUUAUUAUUAUUUUCUUUUUUUUCUUCCUUUGUUUUUUUAUUUCUCUCAUUACUUAUUCCAAUGCAAAAGCAAUUCCUGCUGAGCUUCUUCUCUGCUGUUCCUUUUAAUUCUUUCUCUCUCUCAGUCACUCAGUCACUCAGUCACACACUUUCUCUCUCGCCCGCAUCUCAUUUUUGUUUUAUUAUAAUAAUUUUUUUUUUCCUUGUUGAUCUUUGUCACCAUUCAUACACUUUCUCUUCCUUUUUUUUUUUUUAUUAGUAACAAACACAAUUAUUAAAAGCAUGAGUCAAGAUUUAGGAGCGUUUCAAAAAAACGCGCAUGUUCCAGCUAGCGCUUUUGCAGUAGUUACUCACAUUACCAGGUUGUACCGAUGAUGAUGAUGAUGAAUAAUGAUGAUGAUGAUGAUAAUGAUGGUGACGAUGAUGAUAAUGAUAAUGAUGAUUAUGGGAGAUAUAAGGUUGAUGAAGAAGGUGAAUUUCAAAUCACAAAUAAAGAAACAUACACAUUUUA